GUGUGUGUCUUCAGUGUUUGGAGAUUUGAAAGUAAAAGAAGUAAAAGAGAUUCAAAGUAAAAGAAGCCUCUUAAAAUGCCUCGAGUAAAACGUGCUGGAAAACUAAAUAUUGAUUACAAUUGCAAUUUCUGUAAAGGUUAAAGGGAAACCAUUGCAUACAUACAGAAAUAUUGUGGAUAUGGAACAUUUAGGCCCUGUUUCAGAGACAAGGCUUAGACAAAGGCUCUGUUUCCACCUAUAAAGAUGCGUUUUGGUUGAUCGGAUCACAAGUGGACAAGAAAGACCUUUGCAUGGGGUAUUUUAAUCUGUCUCUUUCACUUUCAACCACUUAUGUCCUGAUUUCUUUGAGGGGAGGGUCUAUGGGCGGCUAAAUGUAUGGGUUUUUUCUUUUUAGAUCUUUUGAUUGAAUGGACAAAAUAAGCUCUAGCAAUUUACAUAUGAAUGCACCCAUGACGACGGAAAAACAUACAGAAAGCAUCAGCCUUCAUUUCUGCUACAGACCAUGCUGAACACAGUGAGUGGUGGAAUGGUGAGAGAACAUUGUGCUUGGUACAUUUUUUGUCUUCAAACCAAACUUGGGUCUUCAGCCGACAAAGUUGAAACUGGAUAAGCUCAAAAUGUUUUACACCCCAUUUACACCUGUAUUUAGCGUUGUCCACUUAGCCUAUGAUGCGAUCGACCAAAACGCAUCUUAAUACCAGGUGGAAACGGCCCAAUUAGGACAUUUAAGUAGCUUUUAUAAACGUGCCUUAAAAAAAACAUUACUGGUGUGCAUCUUGAGACAAAAAAAUGGCACUGACAUAUUUUAAGAUAUCUAGGACUAGGCAUAAGCUUUGUCUGUGAAACCUGCCGUUGGUCUAAUUAAGAAGAAACUGAGCAUUGCUGUUCAGGGACACUUCAAUGAUCAUAGAAUUAAUAAAGAAAAGUCACACCUUAUACAAUUGUUAAUUUUAAUCUGAAAUUUUGAAAUUCAUAAAAUGAAAUGGUCUGACUCCAAGCCAAUUUUUUCUCACUUUCAAAAUAAUUUCAAUCUUUAUUGUUUUGUUUUACAUAAUUGUAAACGUAAAAAGACAAUGUUAUUUGCUGGUGUGUUGAGCAUCAGUAGUGUAAUACUUAGUUUAUAAUCAGAAUAUAGUCACUUAAAUAGUCAGGCAUAGCAUUAAUUUAGUUAUUCAAACGUAAGACAGCAUAAAAAAUAAAUAAAUAAAGACGUACAGUGUUCCUCCUCAGCUAAAUUCAAUUCGACCAUCAGUUUUUACACUUUCGUGUGAAAAAAAGCGUCAAAAAUUAAAUAUUUAUUGUGCACUUUAGUUUGAUUCAUUAAAUAAAUUGUGUUUUCACAAGUGUGCCGAAAUCAUUGAUCUUGCGCUGCACUGACUGACAGCUUCAGUGAUUACAAAGGGAAAGAGCGGUGCUCGCUUUCUGUGUAAUUCAUUCACAAGAAAAGUUAUUGUUUUUUUAUAAGAUUUUGUGAGUACUUCAUACUUUACAUUGACAAAAUGUAUUUUUAAACCUAGUUAUUUUAUAAUGUUUAAUAUUUAGUCAAAAACGAAACUAGGUGAAAAACGAUUAGAGGAAAUGGCUGAUAUAUGCGCAAAUAAAUGCUACUCUGCUGCCACCUGCUGGUUAUAGCAGGGCCGUAGACACCACCAUAGGGGGACAAGUCCCCCCCAAUAAUUAGAAAUGGCCAAAUCCCCCCCCCCCCCCCCCCCCCCCCCGUUCACUGUUUUGUUUCUUUAUGCUUUAUUAAAAAAAUAAAAAAGGUCCCCCCCCCCCCCCCCCCCCACAUUAAAAAUAACAUUUGAAGUGCUGGGGGGUCAACAACUGAUGGUUUUGUGUUGAUGUACACCGAGUACAGAAUGAACAGCUAACAGUUCACCGGAAAUGCCAGAGCUGCUUAACGACUUAACGACAACCAGGAAGUAACUGUGCAUAUAGCCCAUUAGAGCCUAUAACAUGGUAAGCAGGUGUGAUAUUGUUGCAUAAAGUGGCACCCUUUUCCUUUUUUAUUUUUUUAUUUUUUCUGUUAUUGUUGUAUUGCACUGUUGUUUAUAGCAUGAUUAAAGAAAACAAAUAUUUAAUUUAAUAUAUAAUAAACAAAUACAAACAUUUCAUAUAUUGAUAUUCUCUUUUUUAUUAAUGGUUUUUAUUGUUGACAAAAUGUCAGUAGUUACAAAAGUAACGAAGUGCUACAAAUAAGAAAAAAUAUUUUUUUAGUUAUUUUUAUUUUGCUUCAUUUACAUUUCUCUUACAUGCCAGGAUCUGAGCUAUCUAUUCGGUUGUUAAGUCUGACGGUUCCAAACGCUCAUGCCACAAGAAAACAACAAAAUGGUGCUAAUAUACACACACGAUGUUGUGUAAUACUUCCAAAAAAUUAUAAUCAUAACCUUUAUCUCCAUACCAAAAUUCCAGAUGGCCAGACAGUGAUUCAUCUUUUAUAAAUCGUUAAAAUAUUAAUGUCUGUAAGCACGGAGACUGUUGUGCAGACUGUAAGUAUUUUAAAUGUUUAACUUUAAAAUGUUAUAUGAAUGUUCAUAUGAAUAAAUAGCGCUCAUAAACGGCCGUGAAACGAGUCGAGGCUUGGACCCAGAAACGGCGUUCCUUACGUCACGACUUAACAAGCGGAUAUCUAAUAAAGGCUUGAAUUGCAUAUGAGUUUGAAUUUAAGUAUACAUUUCCAAACCUUGACAUCAGUUAAUAAAAGUGCAAGUCUGAAUUAUUAGUUUGGUUUCAUGAACAGACAGGCUGUCUGUCAUGAAGACAAGAAGCUAAUUCCCCACAGGCAGAGGGAGUUUAAAAUUAAUCUCUCUCUUCAUUGGCCAGUUGUCUUCAAAGCCUUUUUAGGGUUUGAACGUAUCAACAGGAGAUCUCCCCUGCACUGUAGUGUCGAGCUCAAAUGUGAGAGAGACACACACCAAGGGACCAGGUCAGUUACUGAAAUAAGCCUUAAAACACUGUGCACAAUAAAUAAACACAGAUCAAUACUGUUUUAAUUAUACUUGAAUAGCACAGAAGAUGUAGAAAUGUAAACAAAUGUAGUGUAUUGACAGUAAUUUUAUAAACUGUAUGCAUAUGACCCAGGUGCAUGUUACACGUAGUGGAAAGUUCAUAUAAACUCACGUCUUUAUUUAGCUUACUGCACAUGACUGUAGUCAUGUAGUCGGCAACUGGUAGGAAAAUGCCUUUCUAUUGUUGUCUUGUAUGUCUCAUAUUUAAAACAUAAUUGUUGUAAUUUCUAGCAAUACCUAUGCAGCUUGGGUUUUUGUUGUUUUUGUGUGUACCCUGUCGACUCCAUUUACAGUACUCAUUCUAACUUGUGGACAGGCCAAUUUAUUAAAAAUACAUUAAAAAUGCAGUUCAUGCAUAUGACUUUAAUACUCAUCUUCUAUGAUGAGCAUCUUCGACUGUACACAAAGGUAUUUCAUGACAUUUUUGCCUGUUGUUUUGUGCCUGAUGAAGAUCUGUUGGAUUGAAACAGUGUUUUUUAUUAUUAUUUUUUUUUCCCCCUUGAAAUUUCCUUUAAAAAAUGAUAUAUGUUUUACAAAACCAUAUAAAUCUAACAUGAACACAUUUCUGAGAACUUGGCACAUGUGUUUUAAACUUGAUUUUAAAAUAUUUUUACUUCCUUUAUCUUAUAUUUUCAUUGACCUUUAUACAUUCGUGAUUUUUUGAGAACAAUUGCAGCUGCUUGUAUUAUUAACUAUUUAUAACAGGGGUUUUCUCAACUCUGGCCCUCAAGGUUCACUUUCCUGCAGAGUUCAGCUCCAACCUUGAUCAAACUCACCUGUCUGUAACUUUGUAAUAAUCCUGAAGACCUUGAUUAGCUUGUUCAGGUGUGUUUGAUUAGGGUUGGAGCUAAAGGUGUGUUCACGGCAUGACUUAAUUACCAUAAUUACAGUACGAGAUUCCAAUUUGUAAAAAGCAUCCACGUCUUUGUAGCUCAUAAUUACACCUUGUAAGCUGGGAAUUUUCUUAGAGCUCCUACUUGUACUACGCAACUGCUGUACCACCGGACUGCCACAGAUUGAUUUAGGUAUUGAUAGAGUAGAACGUGACGUGUUUUCAUCUUGAAAUUACGGUAAUUACAACAUGGCGUGAACGCAGCAUAAGCUCUGCAGGUGAGUGGACCUCGAGAACCAGAGUUCAGAAAUUUAUAAAUACUAUAUUGACUCAAAAUAAUAAUAAUAAUAAUAAUAAACCGUAAUAAGUAUAGCUUAAAGCUCAAACUGGUUAUAAAUUGUCUGGUUGUUGGUUGUUGUGUUUUAUUAUUAUUAUUAUUAUUAUUAUAUUAAAAAACUAAUAUUAUUUCUUUUCGUGCAGCCUUAUGUCAAUAUCACAGAUAACACCCACCCUCUUCCUGAGCGGGGCUGAUGCUCCUAUGAAUCAGGCACUUAUGACCCGCAAAGGCAUUACACUCAUUGUGAAUGUGACCCUGUCCCAUGCCUGCCCUAUCUACCCAGGUGUGAAGUGCAUACGUGUUGCAGUGUCUGACCUCCCAAAUGCCCGUCUGGGUGAUCAUUUUGACCAUGUUUCAGCUCGAAUCCACAACAACAGAGCCGGAGGAACCCUAGUGCACUGCGCUGCGGGCAUGAGUCGCUCACCUGCUCUAAUAAUGGCCUACCUCAUGAAGUACAAAGGAGUGACUCUGCGGCAGGCACAUAACUGGGUUAAAGACAGUAGACCCUACAUCAGCCUUAAUACAGGAUUCUGGACCCAACUUCUGGACUAUGAGAGGAAACUCUACGGUAAGAAUACUGUGAAGGUAGCUGAACCACUGGAUCCACUGCCAAUGCCCAAAACACCAAAACUACCUUCCAAGAAUAACAUGAGACAGUGUCCUCCGUCACCAAGGCUGAGCCGGCUUAGAAGAUUUACCUCUUUGGCACUUUAAUCAACAAUAGCAAAAACAGUACUUUUUGCUAAAAGUGGACAUUAAAUGUUCCACAUAUAUAUUGUAAGGGCAGUGAAAAUAUCACUUUGGAUCAACAGGACCAUAUCACCAUAUCAGUACUACAGCAUGUCUGACUGUUUUGUUUUUCCGCCAGUAUUUGAUUGUUCCUCCUGGUUUCUAAUGCAAUUCACUUUCAAGAAUGUUUAUUCACUUUGUUUAUUCCUUUUUGAUGUGGCCUGGCUGGAAUUCCAGGAAUAAAUGAAAUGUUGAAACUUA